AUGGUCCCGAAAUUUGACGGUGGUAAUGACGAUGAUAUUGAAAAAUUUUUUAAAAAAUUGGAAGAAUAUACUUAUAAUUAUAAUGAUGAAGAAAAGCUGUUAUGUUUGAAGUGGUUAUUGGAAGGAACAGCUAGGGAAUUUAUGGAAAAUUCAAGCAAUUGGACAUACAAUAAUUUGAAGGGAGCUCUUUUCAAAAUAUUUAAAAGGGUUAUUACCCGAGAAGAUGUAUAUCGCAAAUUACGUGCUCGAACUUUGAAGGCUUCUGAAUCCUGCAUUAGCUACAUCAUUUCAAUGCAAACCAUCGCGUCUCAAGCAAAAAUUGAAGGCCAGGAACUAGUUGACAUUAUUAUUGAUGGUAUGCAAGACAGUUCUAACAACAUUUCCCUUUUAUAUGGUUCAACUACUGUUGAAAAACUAAUUACUUGCGUUGAUAGAUAUGAAAAACGUCGUAACAGAUUGUACGAAAAGCGUCAAGGGAAAACACAAGUAAAAAAGCCAAGUAACAACAAUAAUCAAGAUUCUAUACGCUGUUUCAAUUGCUCUCAAUUUGGACAUAUGAAGAGUUCAUGUCCGAAACCCAUACGUCCUCCAGGUUCAUGUUUCAUUUGCCAACAAAUGGGACAUAUUCAUAAAAAUUGUCCUAACCGUCAAAAUAUUUCAGCGUCAGUUUUUCCAGAAGAUGUUGUUAAUUCUAAUGAAGUUGUUGUCGUUGAUCCAAUGUUAAUGGAAAUAAAUAAUACAGAUAAAAUUUCUUUGGUGUCUAAAGUUAAUGUUGAGGGUAAUUCAGACUUUCAGUUGACUGACACUCAAGAACUUUCAAAAGAUUUUAUUAAUUACAAUUCGAAGCUAAGUGAUGAACAAAUAUUGAAAUUGAAUAACAUAAUAGAUAAGUUUUAUAUAAAUCCUACAGAUAUUAUUAGAAAACCACAUAACUACAGAAUUAAAAUUCGUUUAUCUGAUGAUGUGCCAGUUUAUUGUUCUCCUCGUCGUUUAUCUGUACGAGAUCGAGAUGAAGUUCAAAAGAUAACAUCCGAUCUGUUAAAUAGAAAUAUUAUACGUCCCAGUAGUUCACCUCAUGCAUCCGCUAUUGUUUUAACUAAAAAGAAAAGUGGUGAAACACGAAUGUGUGUAGACUAUAGUGCAUUAAAUAAAAAGACAAUUCGAGAUAAUUUUCCAUUGCCUCUGAUUGAGGAUUGUAUAGAAUAUGUGGGAGGGAAAAAAUGGUUUACUCUUUUAGAUUUAAAAUAUGGGUUUUAUCACAUAGAAGUUGAAAAAGAUUCGAUACCACUGACCUCCUUUGUGACACCUCAUGGACAGUAUGAAUAUUUAAGAAUGCCUUUCGGUCUUAAGAAUGCACCAGCCAAUUUUCAACGAUUUGUUACAAAUAUUUUCCGAGACCUAAUUGAUAAUAGGAAAAGCGUUAUUUAUAUAGAUGAUAUUUUAAUAGCUUCAACAGAUUUUGAGUCUCACCUUCAAAUAUUAACGGAAGUUUUAAAACGUGCUUAUGAAACAGUCCAUUGA